GCCUGCCUGACUCAGCCAGCCAUAGUGCCGUGUGUAAGUAGAUGAAGAAUGACCACGUCGGUCCGCUUGUGUACCACGGAAACCCCAUCACACAACCAUUUUCACACGCGUCAACGGCCCGGCCCGCACAGACACAUCCACACACACCAUCAUCCCUCGUCAUGCACACGUCGAUCCGGUCCAUCGACAGGGAGGCGUCUCGCCAGCCAGCGGUAUUCACACAGACAGACAGCCACAGUGAGUGCGAUAGAGACCGACCAACGGGGAGUAAGUCACACAGCAGCGAGGAAGGGGUGGCUGAGGGCAUCGGUGGGCGAAAUGCGCUCGUCGGGCUGCCACGCCAACAUCCGCUGCACCAGCUCUCACACCACAGGGCGAUCAGGGAUCGUGUUGGCAUCCAGCCGUCCCAUUUGCUCACCGUGAGGAGGUCCAUCCCGUCGGUGUCUUUGUGCAGCGGAAUGCCGGGCGACUCCUGUGAGUGAGGCGACAGACACACCCAACGAACCAUGGUGUAAUUCUCGUCGUUGUUGGCCUUGAUAUGAUCCAUCCACUCAGACAAUCGCACCGACGUACCGAAAUGCUUUUCCUGAGGUGUGCGACGACGUCCCGCUGCUUCUGGACCAUCUUGUCGUUGUCCCUGACAGACAGACAACCAUGAGAGCAAUCGCCAUGACAUGAGAGUCGUCCAGUCCCCCCGUCCGUUCGUUGGAUGGCCUGCUUAGCUUCCUUACUUGCCGGUGACGGCGAAGUGGCCCAUGCCCAUGAAGGGCCGACGGCCGCCCUGGCCAUACUCCUGCACACACACGACAGACAGACACCAAAUGUCAGUGUCUGUCAUGGAGAGAGGGUGGUCCCAGCCCACCACUCUGGCUUUGUACGAGAGCCACAGGGGCACCCCCACACACAGCUCGAGCGUGAUGGCCCCCACCGCCCACGUGUCGAAGCUCCAGGGCGUCGACUGGUCCACCAAACCUGACAACCGAUGCUGCAGCUCAUCCUGGCCAGGCAGGCACCAUGACAGACAGACAUCAAAAGCAAGGCACCACGGCAGGCAGUAUUCUCUCUCCGUGUGUGCCUUCCUGUGCAUCCAGCACCGCACCCUAGAUUUGCCGCUGUGUCGUUUGCCCAUUGCCUGUAGGGCUUCCGGCGGCAUGUACUCUGGCGUGGCCAUGCCCACCUGGUGGCUCUCGUGGUACCGAUACGCUGCCCACACACAGAGAACCAACCAACCAGCCCACCGACCCACCAUAGCCCAUUCAUUGGUGUGUUGCGUGUGCCGACCGACGCACAGCAGGCAGGCACCUCACCUGAGCCAAAGUCGAUGAUUCUGACGCCCUGGUACACAAAGUCCCUCUGGCUGUCACCCUGCACACCACACAGCAGAAGCAUGCACGAACUUGCUGGGUUUGUGCAUUCUGAUUGUGUGGGUGUGCAUUCUGAUUGAGUACAUCGGGUGUGAUGAGCAGGAUAUUGUCCGGCUUGAGGUCGCCGUGCACCAGACCGGAACGCCAGAAGAGCUCCAGCGCCUCUGAAGAGACACCACACCACUGUGAAUGGGUGAAGGCGUGUGAGGUGAGGGCGUGUGCCUUGCGUGUGAGUGGGUUGCUUACGGAAGAUGUCCCUCAGGAGCCUCUUGAGCACUCGUAUGUCGCGCUGGAGAGACUGCAGUGCACACAGACACACACGCACACACACACUGAGUAGGGUAUCGGUGUCACGCUGCUCGCACUCUCUCUCUCUCCCUCUCUCUCUUUCUCUCUCUCUCUCUCUCUCUGUGUGUGUGUGUGUGUGUGACCUUGUAGAAUGGCAUGUGUAUGACGUUGUAGAUCCUCUCCCCGUGGAAGAAGGUCCCCUGAAUCUUGAACGACACCUUGCUCAUCGACGCACCUGUGCACACACACACAUACGUUCAUGAGCCGCAUUCUGCUGUGUGUGUGAGUGCCACUCUCGCCCUCUAGAGCACCGGCGAAGUCGAAGACGAGCCACAGGUCUCUCUUCAGGUCAUGGUACUCCAACAGACGGGCUAUGUGCACCACACCUGCACAGGCAUCGCACCUCACACCACAGUCACAGCUGGAGCACAAGAACACGUGUGUGUGUGUGGUUGGGUACCAGGGUACUGGAGGGGGUCAAUCUUGAAGCCCCCGCGGCCACUCAGAUCAAAGUACAUGGCUGCACCCAUUGCACACAGACACACAGACAGACAGGGAGUGGUGGUAAAAGUGGUGUUGAAUGUGUGUGUGCGCGUGUGUGCUGUGCCCACCAGCAACGUUGAUCUCUCGCCACGCCGACUCUAUGUCAGCCCGCCCCUUGGCGCCGCAGCACUUGGCCACCUGCACACACAGACACACACUCACAUCCAUGUGUCUGUCUGUGUGUGUCGUGGUGGUGGUCUUUGUGCGCUCCUCCACCUGUUUGAUGGCCACUUUGUCGCCCGUGGGCCGUCUCUCGGCCAGCCACACAACGGCACACCCGCCCCUGCCCAGCAUCUUCACGCGACUGUAGCCGUCCAGCCAACGAUUCCCAUACACAGCAACAUCUGCACACACACGCACGCACACACACACACACACACAGCACACUCAGAGCGUCACACUCUCCCUCCCUCCCUCCCUCCCUCAGUGUGUUGGUGUGUCAUUUCGACCUUCGUGUGUGAGCCCGUCUACACUAGGCAUGUUCAUGAUCAUUUCCUCAGUGGACAUCCGCCCCCCCAGAGUGCCCCGAAAGGUGUGCGCGCUGCGGCUCGUCGACGGCGUGGCGCACACAGCCGGCCGCCGACGGGCAGGCGUCCGCGCCACGGUCGACGGGGCAGCUGCAGACAGACACCACCCAUGCCAUGUGCGACGACAAUCCAUCGUUUCGUUGUUGACGUCUUGCCGUGCACUCGUACCUUUGGUCAUCGACGUGUCGGUCUUGUUGUUGUGUGUGUGUGUCGUGGCGGUGGCGGUGGCGGUGGCAGUCUUUUUGCUCCUGACGCGCCUCAUCUCCUCCGCCUCGCCAGCCCCCUCCUCGACGCGACUCGCGCCGGGAGGGGGCACCUUCCUGGGCCCACCCCCUCCCCCUCCCCUCCUGCCGCCACCACAUCUCAAGGCGCUCUCGAACGGUGCCCUGCCGUCGUGCACUGACACAUGGUCGACCGACAGAUCCACCGACGCGUACAGCAGCCCCUUGACAGGCACUGGUCUGUCGUCGGUGGUGACCGUCGACAUGCGGCUGAUGGCGUGGCCCAGGGGGGCGGUGGUGGCUGUGUCUGCUACGGUGAGGGGGGAGGUGAGGGGGCUGUCGAAGGAUAAAGGGCGGGACGGGUUCGGCUCGUGGUUUGGCGUGGGCAGCUCGGAAUGCAGCGGGCCCCCUGAAGGAGCGAGAAGGGACAAAGGGGAGAAGAUGGUCGCAUCGGAGGGUGCGCGCCUACAUGCGUCAGGAGAUGCGUAGUCCCUCAGCUGCGACACCGCCUUGCCCUCGACCCUCCGCCGCCUAUACUGACCCGACACGCCACUCUCACGCUCAUCCUGACAGCCAACACCCCCAGCAGCAGCAGACGAUGAGUUGCCCCCAAGCGUCCUUCUAGCCACCUGACCAAUCCAGAUGGACACAACAAAACAAAACCUCGCCGCUUUGUCAGUCAGUCCAUUCUCCAUCCGUCCAUUCUCCUCUCUCAACUACCUGCGAUAGCUGCGCCGCAAAACACGCCUUCAGCGGCGGAUGAAAAGACGCCGACGGGUGGGGGCCCAGCCUUUCCCUCUCGUCAUAGGCAGACAGGUCCGUGUGUGUGGAGGAAGGUGCGAUGGCAUCGGGCCCUUUCGAUGGCAUCGGCCGUGGGGGCCGCUUCCGAGUGCUGGGGGGAGGGUUGCAGGGGCGGGGGGAGGGCGCAAGGGCCAGGCGAGAACGGGAGCCAGUCACUGACAACACAAGGCCAGCAGAGAGCCAUACAAACGACACACAGCAAUAUAAGGCGUCAUGCGCGUGGCUCCCACCCAUCCACCAAUCCAUCUAUCUCACCCUUUUCGGUCAGCACGGGCGAGAGUUGCAGCGCUAGGCUUCCCCUCCUAUCUUCCGCCGCCAGCACGCCAAUGCCGCCUCGGCCGUGCCGUGUGUUGUACGGCGGCGGCUGGGUGCUGGUGCUGGCGGCGGCCGAUGGCGGUGCUGGAGGUCCGAUGCGCAGACGGCGAGGGGGGUAGGGGGACCGACGAGAGUCGAUGCGGGAAGGAACUGACGGCACAGUUGCAAUGGCAUGCAAUCGUCUGAUUGUCCAGCGCCGCUGCCGGCGUGUCUGUGUGUUGUCCGCCUGCGUACCUACCUUGGUCAUAGUUGUUGAAUGAGACGGCCCGUGCUGUCAUGCCUGAUCGGGACCGCUGACCUCGACUUGACAUCACUCACUCACCAGCAGAGCAUGCAGCCCCCUGUCCAGCAGAGCAGCGCUCUGUGCGGAAGUGUCUCAAUCAGGGCCCUUAAUGGGUCGAUCGCCGCUUGCUGCAUCCUCGAG